CGGAGCUGUCACUUGUUGCGUCGUCCUCGCGCCGCGACGCUAGUUCGUUCUUUAAUAGUGAAAAACUUAUCCUCCCUCUCUUUCUCUCUCGCGCGCGCAUGUUCGAACGAGAGAAAGAGAGAGAAUCUAAAAAACGACGAAGUGUUUGAAUUUUGUGUGUCGUGCGCCUUUUCGUCGAAUUUUCUUCAAAGCGUACUUCGUUUCUCGUCCUGUUUCCUUGUGUUCGAAAAAAGAAAAAAAAAAAAGAAAGAAAGAAAAAGAAAACAUCCUUCGACCCUCCUUCUCCGGUUCGUCUUCUUUCGAAAUGCAAACAAUGGCGUAUCUAAACGGUAGCGAGUAUACGAAUCGAGAAUGGAGCCAGGAAGCGAGCGGCCCGAUGAGAAGAAUUUAGAGAAGGACAAAGAGAAAAGUAAUCUAAUCAACGAGAAGAAGGAAGAGACGUCGAGAGAAUUACGAGUUCAAACGGUGGAGGAAUUAACGAAUAUCGAAAAAAGCGUCCUCGUAUUUUCUUCCUCGUACAAUCAAAGGAAAGAGAAAAAGGUCGUUAAACUGGUCGAAGAAAAAAGUGGUGAGAAAAGAAAUAACAAUAACGACAACAAGACUAAUAGUAUUACCGCUAGUACUAACAACGAUAAUAAAAAGAAGAAGGAUAGCGCGGUGUUUGAGAAACCAUCGUUUCAAUUUUUCAAGGAAAAAGUCAAACCCGUUAAGCCGAUCAAACGUCCAACGACGAUCGGUAAUUCGUUGGUCGCAGGUUUGGACUCGAGAAACUUUUUAAUUAACGAAGACAAGCCCGAUAAGUCGAAGGUGGUAGGUGAAAAUUUUCGAGGGAAAGCGAUAAGGAGGGAAGAAGUUAAGAGGGAUGGUGAAACGAGCUGCGAGAAGAAGAUCGAUCGUCUUAAGAGCCCGUUAGAUCGUUUGGAAGAAAGUAGAACGAAGAUCAAAGUAUUGCAAGAUAAUUUGGGUACGCGGAUACAAGCUAUAACCGCGUUGAGUUACAACGAGGAAUUGUCGAAUCGUCCUUUGAGAUCGUCGAUCGAAAUCGAGACGAAUCAAAACCUUAACGAGAUAAAAUUUGAUUCAGACUUUUUAGAGAGGCAAAGAUUGGAGGAGAGAUUGGAGAUAGAGGAGAAACGUUUGACGUUGGGCAAGGAUUUGGAAACUAAACCGCGUUAUUGUAGAAAAGUAUCCGAAAUAGAGAAGAGAUGGUCCGGCGAAUUUCUUCAGCGUAGAUCUGGAAACGAGGAUCGAUCGGAGGAUUCCUCGUCCUCGGAGUCGUCCUACGUCGAAGAAUUUGGAAGCGUGUCGUCCCAGGAGAGUAUAGUCGUCGAAAGAUCCGUAAGAUUUUCCAACGCGAAAUUCGAGGAAGAUCGAGAAGCAAUAUCGUCGUGUAGAAGAGCGUCGAUCGAAUUUUUCGAAGGUAGUACGGUGAGCACGCUCGGUUCGGACUCGGGAUUGGACGAGGAGGAGAAGAGGAAGAAGCUGGCGAGCGACGGUUACAUCGAUCGUCGAUCACCGAACGCUAGAUCGUACGAGGAGGAUCCAUCGAGGAAAUCGAAGGAUCGAUCGAUACCCAGGGAAUCCGGGAGAAGGAGCGAAACGGUAAAUAAGAUAGAGCGAAGAACCGAGGACGGAUACGCCAAACUGAUAAGAGAAUUUACGAUGGAGCCUGGUGUUUCGAGAUUAAAGAAGGAAGAAAAGCAGAAAAAGAAGUCGGGCUUGAGGAGAUUGUUACCGGGUUUCUUCUCGCCGAAAGAUUCGAGGAAGGAUUACAACAAAAAGAAGGAGCGCAAGGAGAGAAGGAAACAGGACGAGAGACAUUUCGCUCGUUAUCAACAGAAUGGCAAUUACACGAGAUCGCCCGACACUAUGAAUUUGAACGAGGACAUCAAGAGGAACGUCAAAUUGGACAACAGUUUGAACGGUUCGAUGAUCGAGGAAAGAUUGGACGAGAUCAAGCGGGAACUGUUUCCCGAUCAGGGCUUGAUCACGAGUACGCCCGAUCAUUUUUCGGAGAACGACGAGGGAAGGAAGAUCAUGGUGCAGGCGUCCAAGUAUCGUACGGAAAUGGCGCCGUCCAAUGCGAUCGUGGAGGACGUCGGUAGAUGGUACGAUAGGAAAGUAUUAUCGAGCGAUGAUAAGAGAUACGAGGAGAGGAAGAUGGAGGAGGACGCGGUUGGAAUAAAACCGGGGUUGGAAUUGGAGAAUGGAAGAUCGACGUUGGGCGGCCAGUUGGAACGUAAGCACAGCCUUCAAGAGGCGAAUCGUGGUGGCCGAGCGUUCUUCCAAAGGAAUCACGGGCCGUCCGGUAGGAUCUCGGCGCCACCCGCGGAAAGAUACUUUUCCAAGUCGAGAUUGGUGCGGCCGAUCGACAGACCGUUACCAGCCAUCCCGCGUGCCAGAGUAGAACUAUCCAAUUACGAGAAUUACGAGAGGGAGGAGUGCCAAGAGGAACGGGAGUCGCGCGCGGAGAAUUAUGAAAACGAGCUCGGGAGAAGACAAUCCGUGACGGUUGUCGUCGAUACGUCCAACGACAGGACCGGGAAAUAUUCCUCGCCGGGAUCUAGCCAGAAGUCCGGCGACUACGCGGAUUCCUGUUGCACGCCCAAUUCGAGCCAGAAGAGCGAGUUCUCGCCGUCGAGUUCGAAGAGCGGCGAGUAUUACUUGAACUCGCCGAGGACCAGCGCUAGGACCUCGCCGAGCGCGCAAAACGAAGGGAUUUAUGCGAACGAGACGCGACCCACGAAGAAUCCCGGUUAUCCCGGGGACGAGCUGGAGGAACGAGUGUACGACGAGACGCCACCGUCCCCGCUCGGCGAUGGUCGCGAUACCGAGAUCGAGAGAAAGCGCAACGACGCCGAUACGACGAGCAACAGAAUUCCAAUGCCGAGUAAAAAGGGUUCUUCGUCGUCGCCGAGAGGAGCCUCGAGGAAGGCGCAGCCGAGCGAUCAAAUUCUGAUAGCCUCGCCCAAGAGAGAAGUUAUUUACGAGAGAAGGACGUUCGGUAACAUCGAACGUCUGCGUCCGGAAUCGCCGAUUACCACGACGAUGUGCAACGUGCCGAAGGACCGCGUCGAGAGGAUCAACGACGACGGUUUCUCCAAAAUGAAGGAGAGUCAAGGUCAACGGAAUCGCGACAACAUCGACGGCCACAGAUCGGCGAGUCUGCCGCCGUUCUCGAUGAUACCGACGGCGUCGGGCAGCUCGUCGGUCUGUACGAUGAAAAAUCUCCAAAGACCCGAACCAGUUUACGCCGGUUCUCGUCUACGAAGCGAGCCCGGCGCGUGCAGAAGAAACGUCAACGAUUCCUCCGGCCCGACGGCGACGACGACGACGGCGACGACGACGACGGCGACGACGACGACGAUGACGUCGUCGUUGUCCGUCUCGAGUCAAGAGAAACUUUAUACCAGCAAAGGUUCUCUCCAACGCGAACCGAUCUCGGAAAGACAGAGAGCUCGCGUUCUCGUCGGCGAAAGUUCUCGGAUGAGCAACGAGGCCGGCGUUUAUCACGGACAAGGUUGUCCGAUAAGUUGCAACCCAGCGUCGCUGCCGUCGUCCUCGUCGUCGCCUUCGAAGAGACGAACCAUGCAACACUUGGAAGCCUUUUAUUGGCAACAAAAGGCAUUGGAAGCUCAUAGGAAAACCGGAUUGCCCGUCAACAACGAAUCUCUGCGCGUCGAGCCAACGCGCGACAAGCAACCUACUUCUCACAAGAUUAACCUCCCGGAGAUUCGAGAGGCCGUCUAUUGGCAACAAUUGAAGAAACUCGACGAGGAACAACAACGGCGAAUUUACGAAAGAAAUUUAAUGGAGGAGUCCCGAUCGAUCUCGAAUCGUCCGGUCGGUCGAUCGGCCGUUCGUCAGCAGCCGACGACAACGUCCACCGACACCACCAUGGAUCGAUCCUAUUGGUCCAAUGAGAAAACGCGUCCGACGAAAAGCAGUAAUCCCUUGAGACCCAACUUGAUGCACGGUCAAAAGGGUUCCACUCAACCGAUCCUAAUAGUCAGACCCCAACAACACGCGAUUCGCGAUCGACAAGAGAUACCGAUUAAAUCCGUCGACGAUCGUUCCAGAUUGAGUCCCAGAAGAUCGAAGAGCGCCUCUCCGCAUUUACGCGUUAAUCGUAACGUCAACAAAUCCGACGGUGUAGUUUACAAUUACGACGACGACAACGAUUGCAACAACGACGGCAACAAGCAACAAACCACUCGACCUCAUCCUAUAUUUAAACGUGGAAGUUUGGUGAGCAGCGACUCCGUCGAAUACUCCACUACCGGUACGAAAAGAGUUAGUUUUUCUAAUCAAAACGUUGGGACCGAAUUGUCCAAUGGUAAUUGGCCGACCAAACAUGGGACGGCCUCCGAACCACCGACGAGAAGACACAGAAGCGACGACAGCGUUUCCGACACCGAUUCCGUGUUCAUUCGUGAUCCUAAUUUGGAUAUCGUAUAUACCGGUUAUCCAACGACGUCUUCUUGUUCUCGUAAUUUAGAAGCUAGUUACGGUUAUCAUCGGACACCUCGGAACAACGAUUCGAAGUCCCUUUCGCAAGAAUACGAUGCCGACAGACCGCUUCCACCGUUACCCAAGGAACCUAACGUCGGUCAAGGACAAAGAUGGAACGUCCCUCCCAAUAAUUAUAGGAAGUGGCCUGCCCUUUGCGAGAGCGAAAGCGGAAGCGAAGCUGCCGGCGAGGUUCAACGAAUAUUCGGCAGGAGCGACGAGGAAGAGUGGAAUCCAGAUGGAAAAGGUCGACAGUCCAACGAUACCGGUGGAUCCGGCAGGGUGGAGGGUGAAGUCGGCUCGAACGAGCUUACUCUUACGCCGGGUAGACGGAGCAUCGGCGGAGGUGGUGGAGGUGGUGGAGGCGGCGGUAGCAUCGGCGGGGGUGCUGGAGGCGGAGGAGUGGGAGGAGGAGGAGGUGGUGGCGGAGGAGGUGGCGGAGGAGGAGGAGGAGGUGGAGGAAUCGGUGUGGUUGGCGUUGGGAUCGGUGGUGGAGUCGUUGGG